AUGAAGCUGUUCUGGUCGUGGAUACGAGUGUGGGGCUUUCUGAUGUUUGUGGAAAUCUUGUGGAUUCUACCCACCAACCAGGAUCAGUUGCCAAGACCUGAGGAUGUGCAGCUGGCUGAGGACUAUCUCCAGAGAUUCUACAACCUCCAGCCCAGAGGAAGAAAAAUGGUGAGAAGAGCCAGGCUGAUGUCACCUAUGGAGGAAAAGAUCAGAAAAAUGCAAAAGUUCUUUGGUCUAGCAGAGACAGGCCACCUGGACUCUCAAACUCUGGGCGUGAUGAAGGAGCCACGGUGUGGAGUUCCAGAUGUGGAAAACUUCAGUUUUUUCUCUCAGAAGCCUAAAUGGAAGAAGCACACCAUCACUUACAAGAUUGCAAAAUACACCCCGGAUAUGAAGAGAGAGGAUGUAGAAAACUCUUUUCUUUCAGCCAUGAAGAUGUGGAGGGAUGCUACUCUGCUGCGCUUCAUCAAAGUCAACCAAGGCAAAGCUGAUAUCGUCCUCUCCUUUGCUCGCAGAACUCAUGGGGAUUUUUUUCCAUUUGAUGGACCCCGCGGUGUGCUGGCUCAUGCUUUUCAGCCUGGAGAGGGGAUAGGCGGAGAUGUGCACUUUGAUGAGGAUGAAACCUGGACAGCUGGGUCGGGGAAGCAAGGUUACAGCCUAUUGGCGGUUGCAGCUCAUGAACUUGGCCACUCUUUAGGUUUGUCUCACUCAAACGAUCCCACUGCCAUCAUGUACCCUAAUUACAAGUAUUACAGCAGUACAAAGUGCUCUCUAGCUGAAGACGAUGUUCUUGGAAUCCAAACACUCUACGGGAAGCCCACUAAAAAUGUGGAACCACCAAUAAUCUCCAGAAAAAACUCCAGAAAGUGUGACCCUAACUUUACUCUUGAUGCAGCAGCUGUGAUUGGAAAUGAGAUUGUUUUCUUUAAAAAUAGGGACAUGUGGAUGAGGACAACAUGGGUGACAUCUUGGAAUCGGUUGACAGAGGGCCACAUCAGCACAUACUUACCUGGCAUUAGCUCUCACAUCGACGCCGCUUACGACGUCCCUGCUAAAGGCAUUGCGUACAUAUUCACUGGUCCUAAGUAUUGGGUUGUUAAGCAGCUUAAGACCAAAAGUCACGCUCGCUCCAUUUACGAGUACGGCUUCUCCUCCAGAGUCAGGCAGGUGGAUGCUGCCGUGCACGUCGGAGAAUAUGGGAAAACAUUCUUCUUCAUAGGGGAGGUUUAUUACAGGUACGACGAGCUCAGAAGAAGAAUGGACCCUGGUUUUCCUAGAGUCAUACGCUCAGACUGGCACGGCAUCUCAAGAACAGUUGAAGCUGGAUUUAAGUUACAUGACAGCAUCUAUCUCUUCAGUGGGACAAAAUCCUACCAGUAUGACUUCAGACAAAAGCGAGUGGUGAACAGAAUUUCAGCGAAUGCAUGGCUGGGAUGCUGAUCCAGCAGAUCCAUCAGUGGGACGAAUGAAUGAUGUAUCAUGUCAUGUGUUGUUGUUCUGCAGUUUUAUCAAAUAGCAGAAUGUCUUAUGCUGGGAUGGUUUUAUGCUAU